ACAGUGGCAAUGCAAAUGGCUGUAGUCACCCCGUCACCAGCCAUUCCCAGUGUCAGUCGAUUACUUGUCGGAUUGGAAGUUGCAGCUCUCUGCCCUGAAAUCGCAAUGAACAACAAGAAGAGUCCUAAAUGUCUGAUAAGACUUACUCAACGGAAGAUCUGCAGACUGAUAGUAUGUCGGAUUUUAAUAUGGACUAAGAAACUUCGCAAGGCUGAAAGGCGUGAAACCGGAGAUAGACUACGAGUCAUUCACGCUGUACUGAGUCAGUGCCUUCAACUGCGAGAAGUGCUUACUAAACUGCAGGAGUCAGACGGCAGGUUGCUAAGUGACUAUUUCGUUAGAGUUAUUGCCCGCGUUAUUGAAGACAAGGAUAUCCCAGGUCACUCCCGAGAAGGUACCAUGCCAUGCAGAUAUCAGUACGAAGAAGUCUGUAUGUAUAUGCUCAGAAAUGUGUUUCUGCCUUGCUUAGAAGAGUGUAACAUCAAGAAGUUUGGGUCCGAAUUCGUACAUGGAUUAAUGUCGCAAUCGCUUCAUACAAUUACACAUAUCACUCGUUUGAUUCUUCCAGAUAACACAAGUAAUCCAGUCUCACAGAUAAUUUAUGACGAGCUCCCCAAAUUGACAAUGCUGCAAGAAAUUAUAUGGAAGUUUACUUGCACAACACGUAUAAUAGCGGUGUUGGCGAGAAAUUGCAGAUUGCUCAGGAAACUUGACGUCGCCUGUUCUAUAAAUGUUACUAAUAAUUGUGUAGAGGAUUUACUGAAUAUGGAGAGUUUGGAGAUACUCAAUGUGGGAGGAACUGGUAUUUCCGAGAAAAGUUAUGCUCUGCUCCUUUCAAGAUUGCCACGAAUUCAGAGUUUUUUUUGGAAAGGUCGAGCGGAUGAUGUCUUUAGAUAUAUUACUAGGGCAUCUCUUCCUUUAAUAAAUGAGUUCAGUGGUGUAGUUACAGAUGCAUCCUUAUUGGUAAGAAUGUGUCCACAUGUCAAAACCUUGGCAGUUUAUUUACAAAGUCGUAAUUGUUCGGAGCUGGUAAAUUUGUCUGACUUAGUGGUUUUGGAAUUAUCUCCAUGCAAUUAUAACACUACUAACAUGGGCACCGUAAUUGAAAACAUGGGCAUUAGACUUACAAGAUUAAUUAUGAUUCAAGUCGCGAAUGUUGAUAUUGUUCAAAUAAUUACUUCUUGUUCCGUGUUGAAAAUUCUCGACCUCAGAUAUUGUCGAGUUAUAACGCCGGAAAAUUUCAGUUUAUCUCCGGAAUUGCCACAUUUUACAAGCGUGAAUGAAAUUAUUCUUUCAAAAAACCAAGAUUUCAGAGAUUUCCACAAGUACCUGGUACAUUACGUUAAUUUGGAAGUGUUCCAUGCUCACCAUGUUGCAGAAGUGGAUCAUGCAAUUAUUUCUGCAAUUUUAAAUGCCGGUGGCUUUAGAAAACUCACUAAAAUUGUUCUCGCUUUUUGUGGGCAUCUUAAAUUAGACACGGCCAUGCUGUUGAUACAGAAGUGUGACUAUUUGACUUUUUUGGGGAAUAUGAAUACUUGGCGCGAUUUCAGUGAAGACGAUAAGCAGACGUUGCUUGAUUGUAUUAAAGUUAAUAACCUCGCAAUGUUUGCAUAUGUGGAAGCUAUGAAUUAAAUGUAAGACAUUGACAUGGAAAAGUUGUUUUUACAUUGAAAUUUACCCUGUUUUACUUUUGCUACAUAUUUUAUUGUUUUAUAACCAGUAAGAUAACAUGAGAGUAACUUAAAAAUUGUUGUAUUUAAGAAUUAAGUGACCAUUUUGUAUUUGAUGUAAUUAUGUGCAAAUAAUUUUUUUAAUAAAUUAUAGCGCCAUGUAGUCUGGUAGAAGUUCAUGAACGUUUCAGAGGUCCUUGCUGCCUCCAUCAUCAGGGUGACAUGCUACACGGCGCCACAGCUCAGAAGGUAGCCAUGUUCGUAUUCACCGCCGUGAAAACCUACUCAGUUAUGUUCCAUUUCCAUUUUCUUUGUAUUUGUUUUACAUUGUUAUGCUGAAUCUAUAAUGUCAGGGUGA